ACCGGCGAAGCGUAAAGGCGAUAACCAGCUUAGUGAAACCUUCCUCUCGCCCAAGCCCUGGGAAUCCCAGUUUCGAGCCCACUAGGAGGUGUCACGCUGACUUCUUUUUUUUAAGCCCCAGAAUCCUGGUGUCGGCCUUGGGGGCAAGCUGAGUUCUCGUUCUCGCGCCAGUUUUCCUGAGUUCUCGCGACAUCGGCGGGCUGACCCGAGAGCCGGUAUCUCCCAGGAGCUCCACCCGGCCCUUGGGUUUCUGAGCCGGCGGACCUCGCUGGGAUCCUGGCAGCGAUGGAUGAGGACCUGGUUUUGGCACUACGGCUUCAGGAGGAGUGGAACUUGGAGGUCUCGGAGUGCGAUCAAGCCCAGGAGCCCUUGUCACUGGUGGACGCGUCCUGGGAGUUGGUGGACCCCACCCCGGAUUUGCAGGCCCUGUUUGUGCAGUUCAACGACCGGUUCUUCUGGGGCCAACUGGAGGCCGUCGAGGUGAAGUGGAGCAUGCGAAUGACCCUGUGUGCUGGGAUAUGCAGCUAUGAAGGGAGGGGUGGAAUGUGUUCCAUCCGUCUCAGUGAACCCCUUUUAAAGUUGAGACCGAGGAAGGAUCUUGUAGAGACCCUCUUGCAUGAAAUGAUACAUGCCUAUUUAUUUGUCACUAAUAAUGAUAAAGACAGGGAAGGGCAUGGUCCAGAGUUUUGUAAACAUAUGCAUCGAAUCAAUCGCCUGACUGGGGCCAAUAUAACGGUGUACCAUACUUUCCAUGAUGAGGUGGAUGAGUACCGGCGACACUGGUGGCGCUGCAAUGGGCCAUGUCAAUACAAAAAGCCCUACUAUGGCUAUGUCAAACGUGCUACCAACAGGGCACCCUCUGCUCAUGACUAUUGGUGGGCUGAGCACCAGAAAACCUGUGGAGGCACUUACAUAAAAAUCAAGGAACCAGAGAACUACUCAAAAAAAGGCAAAGGAAAGACAACACUAGGAAAGCAGCCUGUGUCAGCAGCAGAGAAUAAAGAUAAACCCAGCAGAGGUGAGACACAGCUGUUAAUUCCUUUUAGUGGAAAAGGAUAUGUUCUAGGAGAAGCAAGCAAUUCACCGUCAUCUGGGAAAUUUAUCACUUUACAUGCUACUAAUAAAACACAAGAUGUUUUAAGUCAAGACCAUUCAGCAGAUGCUCUAAGACCUAAUUCUAAUAUUGAGGUGAAAUUUGAACAGAAUGGUUCAAGUAAAAAAACUUCUAUAGUCUCCCCUGUUCUUAAUACCAGUCACCAAAAUGUUUUAAGCAGCUACUUUCCUAGAGUAGCAGUUGCCAACCAAAAGGCUUUCAGAAGUGUGAAUGAAUCUCCAACGAAAAGCGUCACAGUUGGUGACAUUGCUAAAAAUUCAGUCUCUUCUAGUUCUCAAAGAAGGGUUACAUCUUCUAAGAUAUCCCUAAGAAAUUCUUUAAAAGCAAUGGAGUCAACAUCUGUGACUCCAUCCCAGGAUGCAAGUGGGCCUGAAGAUAAAUUCCCAAGUAAACGACCCAGGCUAGAAGACAAGACUGUUUUUGACAAGUUUUUUAUUAAGAAAGAGCAAAUACAGAGUGGUGGUAACCAUCCAGAGCAUAGUUCACAUCCUACAAUGGCAGCUCAGAAUUCCAGCAGUUCAUCCAGUCAGAGCAAAACGGUUAAUUGUCCUGUUUGUCACAAUGAAGUUUUGGAGUCUGAAAUUAAUGAGCACUUGGACUGGUGCCUUGAAGGUGACAGCACCAAAGUCAAAAGCUGAAAAAAAUCUUUGAAAAACGAAUGGGUUUCACAUACCACUCUAUUACCUCACUAACAUAGUGUCAGCCACUCAGGAAGUUCUGGUUAAUAGUAAGAUUUGUAGGUUAUAAUCUAGUUCAUGCAACCAAUACAAAAUAUUCUAUUUUAUAAAUACACAUAUGAGAUUGUAAUUAAAAAUAUUUUAUGUCUAAAGGUGCUAUAUUCACUCUUGCCUUGCAUAUAUACUGUAGUCCAGAGUUUGUUCUGCAUGUUUACAUGUAUAAUUUUUAGAUUUUGUUCCUUUUUGCUCUUAAACAUAUUUAAAUUUGU